UCAAAAUAAUCAAAUUAUCAAAACAAACUUGAAUCAAACAAUCGCGUAUAUCACGAAUAAAAAGAUAAAAUUGUAAGUUUCCAAAAAUAGAGGUACUGAGACGGCGGAGUAUGGGCACUGGACUUACGUAAUAUAAAUAAUGUAUCGAAGAAAAGUUACUAGUGUUGUUAAGUCAUUUUUUUAUAGAGAACGGUCCUCUGUAUUCCUUCGAAAAGUGCCUGCAACCUUAAACAUUGAUUUCAAUGUUAAACAUACUAGUUGCAGGUUUUUAUGUAUUGGCCGUUACGAUACGAAACCAGACUUAAUAGAUAAAACUCAGGAAAGCUGCUCGUUCACUUAUAGAACGCAUACUUGCGGCGAAUUACGGCCUUCUAAUAAAGGCGAAAAGGUUAUUUUAUGUGGUUGGGUUCAAUUUAUACGCUUAUCAAAGUUUCUUCUUCUAAGAGAUUCCUAUGGACUUACACAAUGUACAAUAAAUGAUUCUAAUACUAGUGUAACUGAUAUUCCACUUGAAACCAUUGUAAAAAUAUAUGGAACAGUUGUUCCUCGGCCCGAAAAUACUUCAAACCCUAACAUGAAAACUGGAGAAAUUGAAGUAUCUAUAGAAAAGAUAGAAAUUUUAAAUCAUGUUGAGAAACUACCUUUUAAUUUACGUCAGUACCAGAAGCCUAAAGAACAGCUUAGGCUUCAACAUCGCUACAUUGACUUAAGGUUUCCAGAAAUGCAGUUUAACUUGAGACAGAGAUCGCUAAUGUUGCAUAAUAUGCGACGUUUUCUCAUUGAAAGGCAUAACUUUUGUGAAGUUGAAACACCCACUUUGUUUUGCCGGACUCCAGGAGGUGCACGAGAAUUUAUUGUGCCUACCCAUCAUUCUGGUUUAUUUUAUUCAUUGGUUCAAAGCCCACAACAGUUUAAACAAAUGUUAAUGUCUGGUGGUAUUGAUAGAUACUUUCAAGUGGCAAGAUGUUACAGAGAUGAAAGUACAAGACCUGAUAGGCAGCCAGAGUUCACCCAACUUGAUAUUGAGUUAUCCUUCACAACAUUAGAUGGAAUUUUAGCUAUGAUUGAAAAUUUAUUAUAUGAAACAUUCAUUAAAGACUUACCAAAACCUCCAUUCCAUAGAAUGACUUAUAAGGAAGCUAUUGAAAACUAUGGUAGUGACAAGCCAAAUGUAACAUAUGAUUUAAGAUUAAAAAAUAUCUCUUACCUAUUUAAUGAAAAUCAUACUGUCUAUGCCAUUCCAUUUUCAAACAAAUUGGGUAAAUUAACUGCUAAAUAUAAAGAGAAGGUAAAAGAUUUACAAAAGAAAUACAGUGUGAAAGUUGUUUUGGACGAACAUUUGAUGAAAGAGUUUGGUAAUGAAGUUACUAGUAAGAUAAAAAAUUUAAUAGGUGUUGAAAAUGCAGGAAUUCUAGCAGUUGGAGAAGAAGAAAAUGUAUGUUUAUGUUUAGGUGAAAUUCGCCAGUUUCUUGCGCCCUUACUGGAAUCUAAGCAAUUAUUACAUGUAGACAAUACAAUGAAACCAUUGUGGGUGAUUGACUUUCCUUUGUUUAUUAAAGGCGAAAAUGGCUUGGAGACAUGUCACCAUCCCUUUACCGCUCCACAUCCUGAUGAUGUGCAUCUACUAGAUACAGAUCCUGAAAAUGUUAGAUCUUUGGCUUAUGAUUUAGUUCUAAAUGGAAAUGAAGUUGGAGGGGGAUCAAUUAGAAUUCAUAAUGCAAGGUUACAAGAAAAAAUUCUAAAGAUUUUAAAAAUAGACUCAAGUAAACUGAGCCAUUUCUUAGAUGCUUUAAGGAGUGGAUGUCCACCUCAUGGAGGAAUAGCUCUUGGGAUUGAUCGAUUAGUUUCCAUUGGUUGUAAUGCAGAGUCAAUAAGAGAUGUAAUUGCUUUUCCAAAAUCCCAUGAUGGCAAGGAUCCACUAUCAGGCGCUCCUAAUGUAAUAAGUGAAGAUGACAGAAAGUAUUACCACUUAAAAUAAGAAAUUUAUUUUAUUUUUACAUCAUAAACUUAAUCAGAAAGUCUUAUUUUUUAAAUCUUGCAUAAAUAUUUUGCCUAUAAUGUCUACCAAACAUUUAUUUGUCAAAUUAUAUCACAAUCAAUUUCUACUAACAACAAUUACAGAUAUGUUAUAUUGAUGUAAAUAUUUUUUUAAUAUAGAAAUAAGUAAUAAUAUGAAACUUUAAACCGAUUAAGGCCUUUUCAGGCACUAUUAAUGUAAUAAAGUUGACAAAGUAUUAGUACUUAAAAUAAUAUACAUAUUUAUUUUUAUAUAUACGUUUUGAUAAUAAACUUAAUCAAAAACCUG